CCUUCGCGUUACUGUUUUGAGUCCCGCCUAUUCUCUGCUCUCCUAAACCUUUACAUGUGUCUUGGUUUAUUUGAAGACCAGGAAGUUGAUAGCUCCUGAGGCCGGCUGCAGAAAGACGGUGGCUCGGUUGGGACAGUCGCCAGGGAUGGCGGAACGUGAGGAUGGAGCGAGUGUCCGGGCUGCUCUCCUGGACGCUGAGCAGGGUCCUAUGGCUCUCAGGCUUUUCUGAGCAGGGAGCUGCCCGGCAGCCCCGGACCAUGGAAGAGAAAGCGCUAGAGGUUUAUGAUUUGAUUCGAACUAUCCGGGACCCAGAAAAGCCCAAUACUUUAGAAGAACUGGAAGUGGUGACCGAGAGUUGUGUGGAGGUUCAGGAAAUAAAUGAAGAAGACUGUUUGGUUAUUAUCAAGUUCACACCAACAGCACCUCAUUGCUCUUUGGCAACUCUUAUUGGACUGUGCUUAAGAGUAAAACUUCAGCGGUGUCUGCCGUUCAAACACAAGCUGGAAAUCUACAUUUCUGAAGGAACUCACUCUACAGAAGAAGACAUCAACAAACAGAUAAAUGACAAAGAGCGCGUGGCAGCUGCAAUGGAGAACCCCAACCUGCGGGAAAUCGUGGAACAGUGCGUCCUUGAGCCUGACUGAGACCAUCUGAAGAGCCAGUGACCUAUAACUGUUUGAGCUGUUUGUUUAAAUCUUUGUUGAGUAUGUAGGUGAUUUGUACCUCAAAGCAUUUUUUUAAAGUCUUUUUUUUUUUUUUUUUGGUUAUUUUGAG